AUGACAUAUAAUUUAUCAUUAUUAUCAUCAACAAAUACAACUUGUUCUGAACGUGGAACUCGUGGACCCGAUGGAGCUUUUUAUCGUUGGUUAGCACUUGGUUAUGGAUUUUUAUUUAUUCUUGCAUUAUCUGCUAAUUUACGUGUAUUGUUUAAAUUAUUUCAUUAUUCAAGACGUCGUUUCCGUGAUCAUAUACUUCUAUUAAAUUUAUGUGCUGCUGAUUUAUUUGUUACACUUGUUUAUAUUCCAAGCGAAAUUUAUGCCUAUACAAUUGGACGUUGGCAUAAUGAUGAAAUAUGUAAAAUACUUGCGGCAUUAAAAGGUUUAGGAAUUUAUGUUUCAUCAUGUACAGUUAUUGGCAUAUCAUUAGAUCGUUAUUUAUCAAUUGUACAUCCUUUAACUGUAUAUCAAUCAAAUACAAGAAAUAAAUUAUUUGUUGUUGGUUCAUGGUUAAUUUCAGCUAUAGCUUGUAUACCUCAAUUAAUUAUUUUUAGACGAUUAACAGAUGACGCUUUAUGUCGUGAAAUGUGUGGUGAUACAUUAUCAUCUGAUCCAGCUAAACGUUUAGCUUAUAAUAUAGCUGUGUCAUUAUUUGCUUAUAUAGCACCAUUAUUAACAAUUUUUUAUUCAUAUUUUCGCAUUUUAUAUGUCUUACAUAAACGAUCAGAUCGACGAACUUUUCGAUUUGCUAAAUGUACUGGUGGUAGAAAUAGUUGUGAUUUAAAUCAAACAAAUAUACCAUUAACAUCACGUAGUAAAAAUUAUAAUCAUGAACGAACACCUAAUGGACCAUCUGUAGUUCAAGAUGAAAUCAAUUCACAUAAUAUCAAAACAAUAACACGAGCAAAAUUAAAAACAUUAAAAUUAACUGCUUUAAUCGUCGUUUGUUUUAUUCUUUGUUGGACACCCUAUUACUGUAUUGUAUUUUUUCUUCUUAUAACUGAUGCUCGUAUUGAUCAUGAAAAAACUCAAAUACCAACAACAAUAAGUACAUCACCAGUUGAUCAACCAUCACAUAAUGAACGUUCACUUUUAAUUGUUAUGAUGCUUGCUGUAUCAAAUUCUGUUUUAGAUCCAUUAAUCUAUGGUUGUUUUAUGGUUCGAACAUUACAAUUAAAUUGUUGUAAAAAAUUUCGUAACCGAACUGAAACAACAACAACAACAUCGAAACGUGCUGGCCAUCCUUUACAUAGUGAUAAAGAAUCAAAAUUAACAUCUGUAAGAACACAAUUGAAAACUGGUAAUCAACAACGUGAACUUGGUAUAGAUUCUCAACUUUAA